CUCUCUCUAUCAUUAUAUAUUAUAUAUAUGCUACUAUGUAAUUAUAACCUACACCAAUACAUUUCAUGCAGUAGUAAUACUACUAGUAAGUAAUAGUAGUAGUAGUAGUACUCACUACUCACUCACCUACCCUCUUUUCUUUUGUUUUUUUGUCUUUGUUUUCUUCUUGUUUUCAGUCCAACAACAAGAUGGAACAACCUCAACAACAGCAACAAAAUGAUCAGGAAAAUGGUGGAGGUGGCAGUAGUGGAAAAGGGAGUGGUUUUAUGAGCAGACAAAGUAGUACAAGGUGGACACCAACAACAGACCAGAUAAGAAUAUUGAAGGAUCUUUACUACAACAAUGGAAUUAGAUCUCCAAGUGCUGAACAGAUUCAGAGGAUCUCUGCUAGGUUGAGACAGUACGGUAAGAUUGAAGGAAAAAAUGUGUUUUAUUGGUUUCAAAAUCAUAAAGCUAGAGAAAGACAGAAGAAAAGGUUCACUUCUGAUGUUAAUGUUCUUCCCAUCAUUCAAAGACCUCCAAAUAAUAUCUCUAUUGCUUCUGCUAAUUGGAAACCUGAUCAUGAACAACAACAACAACAACAAUCCAUUCUUCACACCAACCAUUCCAAUUACAACAUUUCAUCUUCUGGGCUUUCUUCUGCUUCAUGUUCUUCUGCUGAGAUGGUUGCUAUAGGUUAUGGAUCUGUGCCUAUGGAGAAGAGUUUUAGGGAGUGUACAAUAUCAGCUGGAUGUAGCAGUAGUCAAGUUGGAAGCACCAUGAACAACCACUUAGGAUGGAUUGGUCAUCAUCCUCAUCAUCAUGUUGAUCCAUAUUCUUCAGCAUAUGCUAAUUUAUUUGAAAAAAUAAGAGCGAAUGAUGAAAUCAUGGAAGAGGAACAAGAACAAGAAUAUGAAAAUGGUUCACCUGAAAUUGAAACGCUCCCUUUAUUUCCUAUGCAUGGUGAAGACAUUCAUGGUGGAUACUGUAACCUCAAGUCAAACUCAUCUAACUAUGGUGCUGGUCAUGGUUGGUAUCAAGGUGAAGAUCAUGGUUUCAUCAAUGGUUCUCGUACUACUUCCUUGGAACUUAGCCUCAACUCUUACACUCGUAGAUCACCAGAUUAUGCUAAUUGAAUAUGCUUAGUUUGAAGAUUUGAAGAUUUGAAGAUUAAGCUUAAUUUGCUUAUUAAUUAUAUAUGCUAUAUAUAUAAUGAGUUUAGGGUAUGUAAGUUAUUAAGGUUAAUUAAUGAAUGUGAAAAGUUAAUGUAG